AUGGCUGUUCAUUAAACUCCAUUUUGUGUUCUGGUUUUAAAUGUCUAGUAUUCAAUUGUGCUAAUUAACCUUGUGAAUUAGCGAAUCUUAAUAAUCAUCAUCAAAUUCAUCUAAAUUACUAACUCUUAAAUUUAGAAGACCAUCAAGAAUGCUAAAGAAGAGAUCUAUUAUCUUGCCCAAAUUUCUCUCAUUUAUGAGUUUUUCUUUGGUUUUUACAGUUUAAAGUACUAAUUAAAUGGUAACAAAUUAAUGUUUGAUUCUGAGAAAUACUCAGCAGUGUAAUCCAGAUAUCUUCAAUUUGAUAAAUUCUACAAGUUGAAGGUAAAAAAUAGAAGGAGUGCCUUAAUCAAUGGUAGUAGUUUGUGAUUUUAUUAGUUGAAAAUAAAUAAUAGAAAAUAGAAUAUAAAACUCAUAUCUUAAGAUUUAAAUUGCAGUUGAGAGUGAAAUUGAUAAGUACACAAAACAAUUGGUUGGGAUCGUUGAUUGCAGUGAGGAAUAGGUUGUGGGUUUGA